AAUGCGCAUGACAAACAUGGAAAGUUGUUUAUGAAUUUUUGUUUGACAGUUUCUUCCAUCCUACCGUCCUGAGAAUAGAAUGAAAUUCAUCAACAAUUGACAAUACUUUUAAUUUAGACAGAAACAUACUACUGAGGGUCAAAUAUGGAAGGCCAUUUUAACCAGGAACUAACUAACCGUUUAAUACAUGGCUUGCAACAAACAGGCCAGGAUGGACCAUAUGAGAAUGAUCAACAACAUUAUAUGGAUGAGGAGAAUGCAGUUGACUUUCAAAGAUAUUUAGAGCCAAAUUCUCAAUUUCUUGGGCAAAAUUUUGAAGACAUGGACCCUAGUGAUUUUCCAGGACAGUCAUUUAUGAAUAAAGGUGAUAGAUUGAAUUCACAAAAUGAAAGUAUGCAGAGAGAUGAAGAGCUCAUUCAAAUAGGUAAUAACCAACAAGAGCAAACAGGAAAUAAUGCAGCAUAUCAACGAUCCCGUCCAGAUGGAAGCCCAAUGUUUUCACAGAGCUCUGGUUUUGUGGCUGGUGAUAGUGAAUCAGUCGUAUUUCGUCCAAUAAAACAGCUAGAUUUCUCUUCUCUUGAUGAAACUGCUAUGACUGAUGUUAUUCUUCCAAGAGGAAUCAAUCGAUCUGCAUCAACUCCUGAACAUAAUAAUAGAAGUAUUUCAAUGAUCACUAGAGAACAGUUUAUUGAAAAUUCAGGAAUGAACCGUAAUGACUCCCCUGAUGGAAAUUUUUAUGAGUUGAAAACUUCCCCAAAUCAAAGUGAACCAGAUGAAGAACUUGAUAGUAAGGUGAUUUUCUCCCCUCUACAUGAUCUUAAUAAUUUUCAAGAAGAGCAUUUUGAUGCAGGUAUGAAAUCACCGUCCUUGUCAAGACAACAAAUGAGACCACAAGUCUCCCAGAAUGUAAAUUAUGAAAACCAGCAAAAACAAACUGCACAUGAAAACUUUGAACUUACUCAACAAACACUUGAUGAAACAGAUAUUUCUCCAUUUAGAGAUAAUUAUGAAACACAUGGACAGAAUACACAGAAAAUGGUUAGAAAUUCACCACAACAUUCUAUUCCUUCAUUUGGUGUGGAUAGAAGGUCACCAAAGUAUUCACCAAGUCAUGGGCAGUCUCCCCACCAUCAUAGUAUAAGUCCAAGCCUACAGCAUUCACAGCUAUUUGAGACAAGAGAAAUAUUUGUGUCAGUUCCACAACAAAGUCAGUUUGGUCAUAGUCCCCAGACUCCUGAUAGUUUAAACCAGAGUGGCGGAUACAGCCAGAAACUAAUUGACUUUGAUGAACCAAAAACCCAAAGGUUUCUUCCUUCACAACAAAAUUUCCAAGCAAAUACUGCCAUUAUUCAUUCAGGUCAGGACACAGUUUAUAACCAUCAUCAGAAUAAAGUACAAGUCAGUAGGAACCAGCAAGUACAGAACAUGGCUCAGACAUCAGCAGUAGUAAAUCAGCAUGCACCCAGUGGUGGAAGAGGACAGGCAAUGGCCAAUCCAUCAACAACACAUGAUGUACAGAUGAAGGACACAAGUAGGUCUCAGAUGGCACCAAACAACAAACCAGAGGGCAAGCCUGUGGAUAAAAAACCAUGGAACUAUGCAAAAGGACAUGGAAACAAAGAUCAACAAUCCUACUUGGAAAAAGGAGUGCAGAAGAGGGAAGUUCUUGCUCAGCAUGCAAAAUCUAGAUUAGUAAGAGAGGAACCAAAGGGAAGAGCACAGGAAAAGAAUGUUCAGCCACCUGUCAAAGCUAAAGGAAAUGUUAGAAUGGGUAAUGGACAAUCAACGGAAAGUUUAAACAAAGUUGGAGAUUCUUUUCCAGCAAGCAGGAAUACUAGGCAGGCUGUACAGGGCCAGAGCAGAGUUCCAGUAUCUAGAGGUAAUAUUGAUCAGUCCAAGGAUGGACAAAGCAGAUAUGGUGGUGUGUCAGUGUCUAAAGGAGGAAACAAAGUAGACCGUGGUAGGACUUCAGAACAGCACAAGACAAAGGAAGAAUACUCACCUGUCACACAAAUGGAACAAUACUCUGAAGCUCAUGAUAGUAGUUUGGAUGUGCAGGGAAUGGAAGAUGUCCGUAGUCAACUGAAGAAUAUGUUGAAAAUAUCAACGGGUGAAUCUAAUUCUAUGAUGGGAGCAAAAUCAUUUGACUUCAAUGAAGAUCCUGAAGCAGUUCAUAUUGAACCAUACCCAGGAAAUGCAGAAUAUUCAUUAAUGAGUGGAAAUGGUCAGGACAAUGUAUCAGAGUUACUGGAGAAUUUUCCAAGUAUAACUGCCUGUAUGUGGACAGAUAACUCUUCUAUAAACAGAAACGAUGUGUCUGUACAUAAUGAAAAUACAAGACUAAGAGAAAUUUUAGAGAAGGAAAGAUAUAGAAGGAAGCAUUGUGAACAACAAAUACAGAAGUUGAAUAUAAAGCAUUUAGAAACACAACAGCAGUUAGCAGUUGCAGUGUCUACAGAUAAACGGAAAGAUAUAAUGAUCGAACAGUUAGACAAGCAAUUAGGUAAAGUAUUGGAAGGAUGGAAGGUUCAAGAUCACGAGAAGACUAUAUCACUAGAGAAAAGUAGACAGGAGAAAAUGAAAUUAGAAGAAACUAUAAACAAACAACAGAAGGUGAUAGAUUCCUUUGAACAAGAUAUGGCUCAAGCUUUAGAAGUGGUGAGAGUGGAACGAGACGAAGCAGAAACUACUGUUGAGGAACUUAGAUCACAGUUUGAAGAAAAAGAAAGGAAUAGAAGACAUGCAGAGGAGAUGUUAGACACAGAAAGAGAGAAGUCAAGUUUGAUAAAGCAAGAGUUAGAUAUGAUAAAGGAUAACAGAGAUCAGAUGGAUAAAAAAUUCCAACAAUUACAGGACAGGAUGUAUCAGGAACAAGACAAUUGGUUCAAAAGAGAGCAAGAACUGUUGAACAAAAUAGACCAGGUGUCAGAAUCAAAUGUUAAAGUAGUUCAACAAGAAAAGGACAAAAAUGAAGAAUUGUCUAACCGUAAUAGAGUGAUGGAAGAAGAGAUACAUGAAAUACAGAAAAUCAUAAAGAAGAUGGAGAUGGAACAUGAUGCUGUUCUGAGAGAAAAGGAAAGCCUUAAAGUAGAGAUGGGUAUAAUGGAAGCAAAGUUUGAAAGUUCACAGAGAACAUUAGAGGCAGAGCUAGCUUCACAGAUGGAAAAAGAGAUUUCAGAUCAGAUGUCAGAACUUCAAAAACGUGUUGAAAAAGCUGAUAGUGAAAUGAGAGAGAAACAUUAUGAACAUACAAAGGAGUUAAAUCAACGUCAUAAAGAAGAUUUAGAAAAACACCUGGCUAACUUCCAUAGACAGCUAAAAGAUAAGGAUGAUGAAAAUCGUAGACAAAUACAGGAGUAUGAAGAAAAGCUUCAAGCAUACAGAUCAGAAAUAAGUAAUUUACAGGAUACUAAACAAAAACUAGAGAAACAGAGAACUGAUAUAUUGUUGAAGCUUCAACAAAUGAUGCAGUCACAAUGGAAUGAAGCUCUCAGUCUGCUGGCUACUACUCCUCAGCGAAAGAGAGGACAGUUCAAUGGCCCUUCUAAAGUUGUUGAGUUUAGUCUGUCUCAAAAUGGAACUGAUUCUAGGGCUAGAGAAGACAACACACUUCAACUUUCUGACCUAAGCAGCAGAGAAGUGUCAUCUGCUGCACAAAGGGGAAAUAACUCUCAUAUGACAAGAGAUGAUGUUCCUGUUUCCACUGAAGUAAAUUUAACAGAUUUUCAGACAUCUUUACAUAUGCAACAACUUUUACAAAGUCUUUCAAGCUUCACAACACAACCUUUCCCAGCCUAUGGUAAUGGACAACCUGCUACCCAACAGGAUAAUGAUGUUUACCCUGAUCCUCACCAGACCGUUCCACUUAGACCUGAAAUGGCAUACAGUACACAGGAGGAGAUUAAACCUACAUCAUAUCCAUCCUCUCCCAACCCUAAGAAAGGUCAUCACCAAGCAAAUGUAUCUCAAGGUCAUCAAGUAGGAAAUGUAUCUCAAGGUCAUCAAGGAAAUUUAUCUCAAGGUCAUCAAGGAAAUUUAACUCAAGAUCAUGCACCUCAGAAUCCCGUUAUGAAUUAUUCACAUCCUCCUCUUAGUUAUCCAGUAGAUGAAACAGACGAAUUUAAUAAUCAUCUACAAAUGUUACUGAAUGCCAACAAACCUGACCCUCCAGUUUUUACUGGGUCAAGGAAUGAUUCUGUUAAUCAAGGACAUGCUCUAAAUAUGAGCCAGAUGUCUUCUGUGGUGGGAUCUAAAAAUGAUUCACAGAACUAUGGACAUGUUCAAUCAAAUGCAGGUCAAGUUUCAGAGAACUAUGGACAUUUUCAAUCAAAUGCAGGUCAAGUUCAAGGUCAGCAACACCCACAUAGACAAACUUAUAGUGAAUCUGUUGAUCAUUGGCUUGGACAGUCAUUGAGGUCUCAGGACCUUCAGUCACAUGAUUUAAACAAGUCACAUACUAGUCAUAUGAGUAGUCAUCAGGAUGAUUACAUUAGCCAAAUGGGAAUGGCUGUGCCUAUCCGUCCACCACAACAGCAAGAGAGUUUUAUAGCUCCACCAGAUUCUGAGCUAUCUAGUCAUCACCCAGAUAUGUCCCAUGUUCAUCAUCAGCCUCCCUCCGCAUGUUACUCACCGCCAACCAAACAGACAAGAACACAGGCUUUACAACAGGACCAUGACCCUUUACUCAAUGAAUCUGUCAGACUUGCCAAAGAAUACAAUGAGAUCUCAGAUAAAGUGGAAGAACAUGAGUACAGACAGGGAGAGUUACAACAUUAUAUACAUAUGCUUUUACAGAAACCCCCAGGUGAUCCAGUGUUAGAUCAAGAUGAACAUGCAUCAAUAUUUUCUCAUGAUCAAACAGAAGAUUUAGAUUUAAAUGAUACAGCACAAGCUGCUCAGAUACAGAGAGAAUUGUCACGGAUACAAGAAUUACGGGAGAAACCAGCAUUGCAUGAUGAAACAGACAGGAGAGCUGUUAAAGUACCAACAGCACAGGGUAGUAAAGGUGUUGGCAAUUCUUUCCAAGGAGUACUACAACCAGAACACUUGGCAGAAAUAUCACGAUACCUUGAGAAACAUAAGGAUCAAUUAUCAGGGAAAACUCCAGAGGAUGAACAUUUAGUGGAAAUUGUCAGCUUACUAAGAAAUAUGCAGAUACAAAAUCCUCAAAGAACUGCAGAUGUUAGACAACAACUUGAAUCACCAAGGUCACCUAGGGAUAAAGUGAAGAAAAAUCUGAGAGGUCAGAUGUCAAAGAUAUCAGAUAGUGCUCAAUCAAGACCAGAUACCAGUCAUGGUCAAAAUGGCAAAUCUCAAGGGCAGCCAAAGAAAAUAGAAAGAAAAGUAGCAUCUGUUGGUCCUAAUAGACACAUUCAAAAUAAAGGGAAGAAUGCAUGGAAAUGAUGUAGAAGGAAUUUUAGAUAUUUAUUUUAAAGAUCUGAAUAAGCUGUAAGAUCUGUGAUGUGUAUUUUAGCAUACAGUUCAUAUCAAUUUGUGAAAUGAUUUCAAAAUUUGUACAGGUAAAAAUCUUAUAACAAAAUAUCUGAUAGGAAUUGCUUUUAAUAUGUUUGAUUAAAUCAAUUUUUAGUUCAAAAAUUACACUGCCAAUUUUGAACCUGGACAGUAUAAAGCGAUUAAUGUACACAUUUAUCUUUGAAAUGAAAUGGAUAAAGCAUUAAUUAUCUUUUCUGUAGUGGCAUAAUGAAAUUGGAGAAUUUAUAAUGAUAUGGUUGUAAUUUAUAUGUCUGAAAUAUUUAUUUAUUUUACAAUUUAUCUAUGACUAUUUAUAAUGUUACAUAAAUCUAUUUUUACAAAUAUA